AAUGAGGUCAGAUGCGAGUGUUUGUUUACAUGGAGCUCUAGUGGUUAUCACGAGACAUGGCGUUGUUGUCUAGACUGUUUGGUGGUAGAAAGAAAAGUGCAUUAAAGCCUCUGAAAGGAUAUGAUAAUGUACCAGAGUUUAAUCCCUGGCAGCCGGUGGCCUUGGAGCCAGACCAGGUCACUGUCCUGGUCUAUCGGGAAUGUGAGGUACGAGGCAGGAGGCUGCUCUUUGACUCAUCCACUGUCCUGCUGGUGCCCUGCGGAAGUGGUACAACAGAACACGCUGGCCUCAUUGAGGUGGAAAAUGACACAGGUUUCAAGUACACUCGCCAACGUCCGGACGCCAAACAGCUGGGAGAGAUGGUGUUUGGUACCGUGGCAAUGGCCUAUGGAGGACCCACCUGCAAGGUGCACAUUGUCAGAGGCGCGGAGGGCGCCGAUCCGAGCUGCUCCCCGGACACGAUGAUGAUGAGCCGGGUGUUCCCGCUGCGCCAGCCGGUCCGCCGCGCCAGAACUCACGGCAGCAGCGGUACGAGUCUGGACGACUCGUGUAGCUCGACCGGCAGCGAGCUGUCCCUGCUGCGACUGGACGUGGCCGGUCUGCCGUCACCGCACCACCCCAGGUCGUCCAGCAUGGACUGUCCGCCGCCGGCGGGCCGCCUCAGCGAGGACUCUGGUCUGAGCAGUGUCGACAGCUUCAUGGGACCGCCGUCCUACAUGCCGACGCCGUACGGAACGCCGCUGUCGGCCCAGGGCUCCGGGGCAUCGCUCGGAUCGCACGGCUCGCUGCACCGCUCAGCCCGUCUGCGUCCCAUUGGCUCCUCGGACCUAAUGCUGACGUCACGCGAUGACGCACCGUGUCUGCGUAUGACGUCACGCGCCGCCCGCCUGGCAGUGGUCGUCCUGGUGACACUGGCAGGGCCGGCGCGAAGUGUCCUGGAGGACACACUCCUCCAGUACUCGCUGCAGCUGGAGCAUCUCCUGGCCCGCCUCCAGCACACGGUGGAGCGGGCUUACCACGGCCGGAGACACUUUGUGAGGACCGUCCACCAGGCUACAGCCGUCACCAAACAGGAUCUACUGAACCUACUGACGGCCCGACGUCUACCGCGUCCCGUCUGGCUGGGUCUGACGUCAGACUCGGUGACGUCACGUCAACGUCAGCGAUUGGCCGAGCUGUUCGUGUCUGAACUGACGUCACUGAUCGCAGAGCUGGACACCAAGGAACACAACUGCUUCAUGUCGACUCUUCUCACGGCCGUGCUAACCCACCACCUUCACUGGGUGCUGACGGUGGCGCCGCGUGGUGGCGGAGCCGGGAAGCUGCAGCCGCCGCCUCCCGCGCGCACCCUGGUGGUGGGACGGAGAACUGAGCUGGUCAGCCGGCUACUGCUCGUUCUGAGCUAUUUUAUACGCGAUCAGCUGGUGUCUGAAACCAUGCCGUGGAGUUUCUCCCCUCUGCGUGCUGCUACUUCCACCUUAUCCACCACCGGUCGAGACACUUCCAGUGGUUCUCUACGCGUCUCCGAAGCACCUAAUGGAGAUCUCUCUACCGGCUCCUUACGGGGGUCUGAAGACCCGUGCGGCGGAUCUCUGAGCUCGCUGCAGGCUGCCGGGCGUCUAUCCGGCUCCAGCGCGACACUGCGCGCAGAGGAGAGCGGUGCGACGCUCUCCCCGCCUCUCUCAGCGGUCUCCAGUCAGGCACAGACACGGUCGAGGUUUUAUGUGCGUCUGGACGGAGCGGAGGACCCGCCUGAACCCCAGCAGCCGCUGGGAAGGAGUCGGUUCUACCUGCCGGUUUCAGUGGCGAGUGAGGAAAGUGUCACACGUGCGGAUACGGACUCGGGCUGUGGAUCGGCAGAUCCACCCACUUCCACUGAAGCGCCCACCGUGCCGGCGCUCGUGGUGACUGAUUUAUCAACCUCUCGCGGGGCCGGGGGAGGUACUCUCGCCCCACCUAUAACCACCGUGACUCAAUCCCGAUCCUGCGAGCCGCUGUGCCGACCUUCUGCGCCCCUGCCUCCGCCCUCCGGACGUCGACUCUCCCGGUCGUCGGCAGACCUCCGCGCGCCGGUGCGAUUCGUCGUCGGAGGCGAUGAGGAACCGUCAGAACCGACGUUGGAUGUGACGGACGCGGCGUCCAACGUCCCACCGGUCGUGACGCAGCGUCCUACGCGACCAGUUGUCACGUCGGAGAGUUCGGAUGAUGACUCUGGUUUUGCUGGGUGUGAGCGAUGUUCGGGACGGAGCGCUGCUGUUGAAAUUCCUCCCCCUCUACCGGCGGCGGGAGGAAAUCACUCUCCCCUCAGUCGACGCCAUAGUGAUUCAAUACGUGAUACAUCACAGUAUCUACGUGGAUAUCGCUCGCUGCGGUUCGCGCAGCAGUCGGCAGGCUGGGCUGCGCGGAAGGCUCGACAUGUGUCGGAUGGAGGAUCGCCCUCGCCGCCGCCUGAACCCCCGCCGCCGCCUCCCCCGUCACCGCCGCCACGAGAGGUGCCUUCACCGGCUGUGGGGAGGCUGUGUCGAUGUCUGGAGAGGACACCCGAGAGCCCCGUCAGGCUUCAGCAACAGACGGCUCUUCUGGAGUCUCGCCGCGGCGGGCCGGGCCGGCAGUCCCUCACCCCCUGGUCGGCCCUCGGCGGAGGAGGCUCUACCUACGUCCCCGACCUAGCUCUGUGGGGCUGCGACACCCGUGCCGCCUGGGAGUCUCGCCUUCGACCUGACCUAGCCGCCGCUGCUAGUAGUGGGGAGGUUUCCUGUGUGCUGGCCGAUACAGACUCGUAUUCCGUACAAGUCCUCUCGUCACAUGCUUUCGCUGUGUGUGACGCCGGGGGAGGUUUGAGCGGGUUGGCAGUGGUGUUUGCUCCGCUGGUGUCGGCACUAGUCGAGUCGGUGUGUCGGGUGCACGAGACUGGUGCGCCGGCACCACUGGUGCUCAGACACCUGGAGAGUCAGCUGGUGCAACUGACGGCGAGGGCGGCAGAAAUGGCGCAGUUUCUCAUCAACAGUAGUCUGGCCAAUAUGCAGGAACUCACCGAGCUGAUGUCGGUCGACUCUAACGACGUACCUCUGCUGCUCUCGGCCGCCUCUGUGCUCUGUCCAGAAGUGGGCAGCAAGUACGGAAUCUCAGUAAGGUGACGUCCCGACCCCACACACCGGUGUAUGCCCGCUUCACCCACCGGUCAGGGCUGCUGACACUGACUUUUCGUCGUUGGAGGGUUCUGUGUAACGUAUGAGCGCCAUUUUGGGUCGUUUGUAUGGCCAGGGGACAAUAAGAGCGCGUUCUGGACCGUGUGGGCGCCCUGCAGAGAGUGAGCGCUCUCUGGGCUGAUUGGGCGCCAUGCGGCACGUAUGGGCGCCCUGCAGACCAUGUGGGCGUUGCAUGAGCCGUAUGAGCGCCCUCUAGACCUAAUGGGCCGCCCUCCGGCUUGUGUGGGCGUCCUAUGGACCUUAAUAUGGGCGCCGUAUGGACCUUAUGGGCGCCGUAUGAACCUUAUGGGCGCCCUAUGGACCAUAUGAGCACUCUUUGGACCCUAUGGGCGCUCUUUGGACCGUGUAGGUGCCCUCAGACGCCUUGUGGGCGUCCCUGUGGACCGUGCGGGCGCCUUGUGGGCCCCCUGUGGACCGUGUGGGCGCCCUCUGGACCGUGUGGGCGCCUUGUGGGCGUCCCGACUGCCCGUUGGCUGUGACAGCUGUAGUGCAUAUCGCGAGCUUCCCUGCCAAUGGCCGUCGUGAGCCGUUCUGCGGCGCCCGUUAGCACAAGAGGCGCCCUAGGAGAGUGUAUGGGGUGUCUGACUGCACAGAAGACGCACAAAGGACAGCACAGUGGUUGAAUGGACUGUCGUUGAGGUAGCGCUUGAUCUGAUGUGUAAACUAGUUGAUCUGCCCGCGAAAUGUUAACUGCCCUUGUUUUGUCAUGUUAUCGCAUAAGUAUUGUUUUGGAAAUUGUGUGCUGAGUGUGGAGCGGUAUGGGUAUACUUCCCUGUUGGUAUACGUAUGCAGUUAACGAUUUUUUAGGGUGGGAUGGACAAUUUGAGACGUUUUUUUCGGUUUUGUUCAGUGUGUUGUUAAUAAUCGAAAAGGCCGAGUUUUAAUAUGUAUGCCCACUCACAAAACGUCUGAAUUCGCUUGGUUUUUAGACUCCUAACUAAGGAGCCCUUAAAAUAUUUUUCAGCAACGCAGCCAGACUUCUCUGGAUCUGUCACUUCGUCUGGCUCGUCGCUUGCUUUUUCUGAGGUGUCCUUGCAAAUAACACUCAAAUCAUAGGUCCUAUAUUUUUCUUGCUGAACUCCACAUUGAGAUAAGCUUUGACCAGACCUAGGGUCGAUAUCAUACAUUUUGAUAAACAAUAAUAGCGAGACGAAUAAGCGCUUUACCUUCUGAGAAACCAUAACAGUGAGACGACCAAGCGCCUUGCAACACUAAGACGUCAAAGCGAGCCUAAACGUGUCUCAUUUUGUCCAUUCCACCCUGCAUCCCUAUUGUCCGAUACCUUCUGGUUAGGGCCGCUAAACUGACGUCUGCAGACUUGUCCCAACGGAAAAUAUGUCUGGGAAGGAAGAGAGAAGAGGAGAUUUUCCAUUGCCGUCUCUCUCCGGUGGUCUAAGGGCGUCCCAUUGUCUUAAUGUAAUCAUAGUCCUCCUCUCAGGAAUUAAUCGCCGUAUAAUUAGAACGGGAGCAGAAUUCGUGUUUCCCACUUUAGGACAGUCUAUCCCAUAUUCGUAGGACCAUUUAUCCCAUUGUUGGGACACUUCGUCCUGCGGGGACAGUCUGUCGCAAUUUGGGACAGUUUGUUCCGAUGAUGGGACCGUCUGUCCCAUUAUGGGAUACUCUCUUCCAUCUUGCGACCGUCUGUACCAGCCUAACGCCCCCACAUCUGUUUAUUAUUGUCCGCCGCACAACGUUUAAGCAGUGUUCAUGUCCCCUGUGACGUCAGUCCUGGAUGCGAUUGUAGGAGAGGUGUACUGGUCGGGGACUUGUCGGGAUUUCCCAGUGUGUGGGGAGGGCGAUUGAUGCGCUUCCCCGUGUCUCAGGGUGUCGAGAGUGUGUGUAUUUAUACGUACGGCCUACGGGCUGCAAUACAUGAGGCAGAAUUGG